UAUUACCCUAUUUCCUAAACGAAGAAUAUUAUAAAUAUGAAGAGUUGUAUUUGUAUUUUAAAGCCGAUAUGUUGGACUUAUUAAGUAAGAAUGUAAUUGGUAGCCAAGAAAGUUGCAGUAACCACCAGAGGUUAAGCACCGAAACAAAUUCAUCUUGUGUAAAACUGCCUCAAAUCGAAUUACCCGUAUUUUCCGGUAAUUAUGAAGAUUUCUUAACUUUUCAAGAUUUAUUUUUAACCCUCAUCCACAAUAAUAAUUCGCUUGCCAAUGUACAAAAGUUGCACUAUCUGAAGUUAAGUGUUACGGGCGAAGCAGCUGCCUUGUUAAAACAUAUUAGUGUAACAGAAAAUAACUAUGACCAAGCAUGGAAUAUUUUAAAGAAGCGUUACGGAAAUAAGAGAAUAAUUAUAAAUUACAUAUUAAAAAGACUGUUUAACCUACGUAAAAUCAACACACAGACAUCAAAUCAAAUUAAAAUAAUUUUGGAUACAACAAGUGAGUGCUUAAAUAAUUUAAAUAACUUAGGAAUAUCGACUGAGUCUUGGAGUCCGAUUAUAAUACAUGUAGUGGUAAAUAAACUUGAUCAAGAUACGCAUAAAAAUUGGGAAGAAUACAUAUACAAAGAUGACUCCGACUACUUACCAACUUGGGAAGACCUAAAGAAUUUUCUAGAAUCCAAGUAUCGAACUUUGGAGCUAGUAAACACAACUAACCAAAACUGUUCAAAAGAUCUAAGACAAAUAGUACAAAAGAGUUUUUACGUGGCUAAAGAAGGUGUUGAUACUAAGCCCUCAUGCUCCUUCUGUAACAAAGACCAUUACAUUCAUAAUUGCACAGAUUUUAUUAAGCAAAGUGUGGAAGACAGACAUAAUAUUGCAUUAAAAAACAACCUGUGUUUUAAUUGCUUGCUACCAAAUCACAAGGUGACUGAAUGCAAGCGACACAUUUCAUGUAAGUUAUGUGGAAGAAAACAUAAUUUUCUUCUGCAUUUAAAAAGGAAACAAGAAGCUCCUGCAUCACUAAAAACAACUUCAUUAACAUCGCAAGAUAUUGAAACAAAGGUAGUAUCACAUUAUUCCAGCGAAGAAAAAUCGAGUCAAGGUGUUUUAUUGGCUACUGCACUAGUUCACGUGAAAUCAAGCUCGGGUGACUAUCAUACACUCCGUGCCCUUGUUGACCAGGGUUCAGAAGCGACUUUUGUAACAACCAGAGUCGUUGAACUUCUGAACUUAAAGAAAGAGAAAGUCAACGGCACAGUUUCGGGUAUCGGUGAAGAAAAGCAUUGCCUUAAGUCUAAAGUCCAGCUAUCUAUUAAAGCUAAUUCUACUUACAUUUACACUGAAGCCUACGUUCUAAAAACUAUUUCAUCAUUAAUACCUGCGAAGAAAGUAAUUAUUAAUAAAAGUGAUUUACUAAAUAUUGAGUUGGCUGACCCUACCUGUUUUAUGCCAAGUCGAAUUGAUUUAUUAUUGGGUGCUGGUGAUUUUGCAAAAAUAAUAGAAGAUGGGUUAAUCCGUCUUGAAUGCGGUUUAGUAGCUCAGAAGACUAGUCUUGGUUGGAUACUGUCUGGGAAAACCCUAUGCUCCAACUAUAAAAUUAAUAUUACAAGUAUGCACAUUAAAGAAGACAAUGAUUUACUGAAAUCUUUUUGGGAAAUUGACAAAGAUUUAUUUAAGAAGAAAGUUAUAUACACAAAAGAAGAAGAAGAAUGUGAAAGAAUUUACUCAAGCACAACCCAAAGAGACAUUGACGGUAAAUAUAUUGUACAACUACCACUAAAGCGAAGUAAAGAAGAUACUAUUAAGCAAGUAGGAGAUACUAAAGAACAAGCAAUAAAGAGAUUUCAGCAUCUAGAGAAAAGAUUAAAUAAAGAUAAACAAUUAAAAGAUGAAUAUACAAAAGUUAUAAAAGAAUAUAUCGAUUUGGGUCAUAUGAAAGAGCUUGAAGAUCAGAAUGACUGCAAUACAAUUUAUCUACCUCAUCAUGCGGUAGUAAGACAAGACAAAGAUACUACGAAGGUUCGAGUAGUCUUUGAUGCAUCAGCAAAAGGUUCUCAAGGGUAUUCCUUGAACGAUACAAUGUUGGUUGGUCCUGUAAUACAACAAGACCUUCGAAGUUUAAUUAUCACAUGGAGACAACAUUAUAUUUGUUUUGUCGGUGAUAUAAUGAAGAUGUCCGAGGAACACACAAAAUUACAAUGCAUCGUUUGGCGAGACAAUUCAGAUGAAAUAUUAAAAAGUUACCAAUUAACGACUGUAACAUUUGGAACGGCUGCAGCUCCAUUCCUAGCUGUAAGAACUCUAUUAAGGUUAGCCGACGAUGAAUGUUCUAGUGACAUUAAGUAUUCUGAAGCUAUGAAAGCAAUAAAAGAGUCAUUUUACGUUGAUGAUUUAAUGGGGGGUCAUGAAGAUGUAGAGAAGGCAAAAAAGUUAUGUGUUGACAUUAAAGAGAUAUUAGAAAAAGGCGGUUUCAAAAUAAAAAAAUGGUCAAGUAAUUCUGAAGAAGUACUACAACACAUUCAAGAAAACACCAAAAUUGAAGAUUCAUUGGAAAUUAAAUUAGACAAAGUUAUUAAAAUCUUAAGACUUACUUGGGAUCGAAGAGAAGAUGCAUUUAAAAUAACAGUUAACUUACCUUUACUUACCUAUCCUAUAACAAAAAGAUCUAUCCUGUCUGACAUUUCCCGUUUAUUUGACCCUUUUGGGUGGUUAUCUCCUGUCAUCAUCAUAGCAAAAACUUUUAUACAAAAGCUAUGGGUAGUGCUAUCUUGGCUUCAAUCUCAGCCGGGUAGAUGGCACACAUUCGUCGCCAACAGAGUGGCAGAAAUACAAAGAUAUCUUAAUAGUAGCAAGUGGAAUCACGUACAAUCAUAUGAAAAUCCAGCUGACGUUGCCUCCAGAGGAGUAAAAUCCAGUGAACUUAACAACAUUGACUUAUGGUGGAAUGGGCCAGAAUGGCUUAAACAUGAAAGAAUACAAAUCUCAAGAAAUUAUUAUAUACCUCAGACCUAUGAAGAAGAAGAAGAAGGAAGUGAAAAAGAAGGUUUUUAUCAUACCAACAUAUUACAGGAAGACGAAAAAUCAAUAUGGGAACGAUUUUCAACCUUAAACAGAUUGAAAAGAGUUAUAUCGUACUGUAUGAGAAUGAAGAAAGGAAGCAAGAAGUUACAUAUAACAACCGAAUAAAUGGAAAAUCCAUUACAAAGGUGUUCAUUUUUAUCAAGAAAGAAUAUAUCAAAAGGACAUAGAAGACUUGAAGAAAGAAAGAAAAGUCAAACCCAAAAGGUCACUGUCAACAUUGUGUCCUUUUCUAGAUGGUAUAUUAAGAGAAGGAGGAAGACUGCAGAAUGCAGAAAUUUCUGAAGUUAGUCAACAUCCAAUUAUUUUAUCUCAAGAAGUGUAAACGUUUCGACGUUACUAGCAUAAACAGAAGCAUGUCUAAACUCCCGCCCCAUAUACCAAAAGAGAAAGAUUUCAUGUAAUCUGCAUGAUAUUUUUUAUUAAUACAGUCCACUAUUCGAAAGGAAGUUCUUCAAGUAUUGUUACAUUUUUUUUAUAAGGUUAAUAAGCAUUGUUAUUUUUUGUAUAAGGUUAAGUAUAAGUUUAAGUUCAAUAUAAUAUAAUGUAAAGCUUUAAGUUAAAAACAAUCUGUUUUGGUGGGCGGUAUGUUUAGUCAUUAGUGAGUUGCAAUAAAUGAGUCGAAGAGAGAA